GGGGCUUUGCAGCAGUGGGACGAAUGACGGCUUAGUUGGAGGAAGUUACUGGUAGCAGCUGUGCUAGUAUGUAACCUUACACGAGUUGGAUCCAGCGUUGCGGUAGGAUAGAGGACGGCCGGAGCAUUCAUGGAUAUUGUGGACACCUUUAAUCAUCUAAUACCCAGCGACCAGUUGGACGAGUCCCUGGUAAUAGGCCAGAAUCUGGAAUGUGAAGCCAGUAAUGAGUUUGGUGCAGGACUGCGACUGGAAGAUUCACUGAAGAAUAUGCUCAGCGACAAAGAUCCCAUGUUUGGCUGUGCAAGCUCUCAGUUCAAUCUGCUGGACAAUGAAGAGCCCACUUUUCCAGUUGCUGACUCAACAGGCCUUGAAGGAGCAUCAGCAUCUUCGGUCAUCAGCAGUGAGCUGACGGUCGCAGACAACACACAACUGAAGCGACCUGUUGGCAGGCGGAGGAAACGUCCACUUUCUUUAGAUCUAGAACCAGAACCCCCUAACACGCCCUCCAAAUGUGUAGCUCGAGGAAGACCAGGAAGGAAACCAGCCAACAGGCUCCAGAAGACAUUUCUGAUAGAGAAAGGACUCAAAGGCACCCAGCUGAAGAAGGAAUUAACCCUAGGAGGACGUAUAAAUAUAGGCGAUCUUGAUGGUGGACUAUGGCUGAAUCCUGUGGUUGUAUUGAGACGGUUGACAGUCACAAUUGGAGGAUUCAAGAUUGAGCUUCUUCCUGGACCCUCUUACACCCACAAUGUGGAAACAAGUGAGUCUUCAGGCUUCGAAGAUGGAUUUUCAUAUGCUGGGGACAUCGGGUUUGCCGUGCUGCCAGAUGAAGCUGUGAAUGCACAGAUUCCAUCGCGGGACAAUGAGGCAGAGAUGGAGAAGAGCUCUGCUGAUGAUUCAGCCCUUGGGCUGGGCCCGUAUGUAAAUCCUAAUGAAGUGCAGACCUCCAACGGGACGAUAAAAGAGAGUGCCUGCCCACAAGAGACAAAACUUGACAGUCAGAGUGUUUCUGGACAGCAGGGGCCAGUUAGCAAAGACAAACAACCACACAAUAAUGAGGAUAACGGGACUGAUGUUAGUAAUAAGACUGAUGGUCAGGGGAAACAACAGAUUGUAGAGAAACCAUUGCUCAAGCCUAAACAAGGAGUUACCCCUAACAAGAAUAAGGACUUGGUUUCAGGUAACCCAAACAACAUUGUGAAGGGACACAAAGUAUCCCAAAACAUGCCAUCCGCCAUCACCCAAAGAGAUGACCUGCACAAGUUGAAAUCCUUAAAGGAAAAGAAAGAUGUUGCACCUUUGAAACGGCCUACAGACAUCACCCAAAGUGAGCACGCUAAUAAACUACAAAAGAUACAGAGCACAGGAGAUCCAAGAGUGAAGCCAAAAUCACCAACUUCACCCAGUGCUGUAGUGAAAAAGAUCCCAUCGUCCGGCAACCAGGGACCAACUAAACAGACCCCUCCUCACAACAGCUCCAAAGGUGAGACGGCUCAUCCGGCACAGGCACGUCCGGGUCUUUCUUCAAAACCCCCGGAUGAAGGAGGGCAGGAGAAGGCGAAGCUGAAAAAGCCAGAGAAGAUCAUACUCAGGCAGAAAAGUAAAACAGGGAGAAGUAUUUAUGUGGAGGAGCCGCAGCUGUUCAUUCCAGAUAAUGCUCCCGUCACAAAGAAGGAAACUGCUGAGGAGCAGCCUGCCAACAGUGAGAGUGUUUGGGAUGGGAACAACUGCUGUGGGCUGUGCAAAAAACACCACAAUAACAUGUUCAUGGUAGGCUGUGGUCGUUGUGACGACUGGUUCCACGGUGACUGCGUUGGCCUCGACUUGACAAAGGUGCGAGAAAUGGAGGAGGAGGACCAGAUGUAUGUGUGCUUGAAAUGCUGUGAGGAGGAAAACAAGAAGGUGGAGCCCGAGCCCCCGGUUGUGGUCAAACCAGAAGUCCCGGCAAAGACCGAAGUUCCGGAUCAAAAGCUGCCUCCGAAGCCCAGACCAGUACCCUCCCAGGCUGCGCUGACAUCUGGAGGAGUCAGACCAGUAAGAAAGGAUCCUGAUAGAAGACAGUCCACAGACGGGAGAGAAUCAUCUCAUAGAACAGGCGUUCAGCUGAAACACGAGACGAGAAAUAAGUCGUCGUCUUCAAAGAAACCCGUGUCUGUGGAGGCAAUCAGGCGCAGCGUUCGUGACUCUCUGAAAGAAAUCCUGAUACAGAGGUUGAAAGAGUCGGAUCUGAAAAUCUCAGUGGAGAGGGCCUCUGAAGUUGCCAAGAAGACAGAGAGGGAGCUUUUCCAUUUGUACAAAGACACCGACAACAAGUACAAGAACAAGUACAGAAGUCUGAUGUUUAACCUUAAAGAUACUAAAAAUAAUGUCCUCUUUAAGAGGGUGCUCAAAGGGGAAAUUUCUCCUGAUAAUCUGAUCCGAAUGAGUCCUGAAGAACUGGCCUCGAAGGAAUUGGCUGCGUGGCGACAAAGGGAAAACCGCCAUACAAUCGAGAUGAUUGAAAAAGAGCAAAGAGAGGUGGAGAGGCGGCCGAUCACCAAGAUCACACACAAAGGGGAAAUUGAAAUCGAAAGCCAAGAACCAAUGAAAGCCCCUGAGCCUGCAGAGGUUAAGACUUCACCCAAAUCCACUGAAGUGUCCUCAGAAAAACCUCCAAACACCCCGGAGCAGACGGAAGAAAGUACCAAGACGGAGAAAGACACAACAAGCCAACACAAGUCGCACUUGUUUGACCUUCACUGCAAAAUCUGCACCGGUCGUAUGGCGCCACCUGUGGAGGAGGCUCCAACCAAAGUGGUCAAAGUUGCUACGACAGUGGUGAGGAGGCAGUCCACCAAAGCAGAGGAGACAAAGAGCACAACACCAACUGGAGCGGAGGAUAAUCUGCACCUCACGGUUUUAGAGGAGAGCUUCCGAAGCUCUCAGUCGGGGUACGAAGGAAGGUUGGAUCUUUCAGCUGGCAGAGAUGAGAAGAAUGGUUUCCUUUCCACCCUGACUCCCCUGUGGCGUGGAUUCAUUCACAUGCACUCUGUGGCAAAGUUAUUCACAAAAGCUUUCCCGGUCUCGGGCAUCUUGGACCAGCUGACUGAUGACCUUCCAGACAGCAUUCAAGUGGGGGGACGGAUCAGUCCACAGAUGGUGUGGGACUAUUUGGAUAAGAUUCGUGCGACUGGGACAAAAGAGGUGUGCCUGAUCCGCUUCUCCCCUGAGACAGAGGAAGACGAGAUCUCCUAUACUCUACUUUAUGCCUACUUCAGCAGCCGUAAGCGCUUUGGGGUGGUGUCCAAUAACCUGAAACAAGUGAAAGACAUGUAUCUCAUUCCUUUGGGUGCCACUGAAAAAGUUCCACAUCAGCUUGCUCCCUUUGACGGGCCAGGUUUAGAAAACAACCGUGCCAACCUUCUCCUUGGACUCAUUAUUCGCCAGAGACCCAAGAGGGAUUUUCUUACUGUAGAUGUGAACGAAACUGAAAGUAUUGUUCCUGAAAUCAAGCCUAUCACUCUUUCCUCAAGAGAAACCAGAGAACCAGAGAAGGAAGAUAAUUUUUUCCUCUCGUCUUUGACUACUGCGCACAGUAAAGAGAAGGACAAACCACUUAACACUACUGAAGAAGUUAAUGAGCCGAUUACAGAGUCUAUAGAAGAACCAUCUGCAUCAGAGGAGACCAACAAUCAGGAAUCUCAAAAACCGCUGCGCUUCCUUCCAGGUGUAUUGGUAGGCUGGGGUGGGGAGUUGCCACCUCUACCAGAUGUUGGAGUGAAACCUGCAAAAACAGCAGAUGACACCCAGAAGACCCCACCAGCUCUGAAAACAGAGGCAUCCACCGGAAACUCGAAAAGUCCAACAGCUGCUGCACCACGAGAGCGCUUUGUCAUCAAAAAGAAAGAAGUUAAACCUGUUAAAGCUGAACCGGAGCUCUCCAGCCUGACUGAUUCGACUGCUGCUAACAACUCAUCAGCAAAGGAUGCUGCAGCGGUGACCCCCAGUGCACCAAUCUCUCUGAAAGAUAAGCCUCCAGAUGUAUCAACUGAAGCCUUCCUGGCAAGCUUGUCAACAACUCCGAGUGGGGCUGAAACUAGCAGCUCUGCCUCAGCAAACAAAGGAGACGCUGGGCUUUUGUCUGAAAAUGAAAAAGGAACAUCUGAAGGGAAUUCUUCUUCGCAGUCAAACUCCCAGACCGCUGCAGCUCACACAAAUAGCUCGAAACCUCCUUUAAGUGGAAUAUUGAAGAAAUCUUCAGCGUUUUCCAGUGUGAAUGAAGAUAAAAUAACGGUGCUACAAAAGGAUACAGCCAGCCUCCCAGUUCCUUUGAGUCCUAAACCGGUUCCUGCUUUAAGCAGCACUAGAAAUGUUCCUGUGACACUAUUUCACCAAGGAUAUCUGCAGAUUUCUCAGGCCAAGAACAAAGCUGUGGAAGAAAAACACACGUCAACACUAUUGUUCCCAAGUGUAAAGGAAGAUCCCAGCAUGUCCCAGGCUGGUGCUUCAGUAACCAACACAGUAAACCCUCCAACAGUCCAAGGACCACAAGCAGCAGGUAACACUGAAGCCACUGAAACCACUGACGCCACUGAGCCCGAACAAGACUCAGAAGUGGCCUCAGCUCUCCCAGUUUACAACCCAGCUGAACCCACACCAUCAGAGCCUCAGGUACCUGGCAGCUACGAAGACACAACCGGCCCUCUUCCUGACACGUUCUCCGACCAGGAUCAGAACCACAGCACAUCAGUGGCCCAGGACCACACCUCGCAUGCCAUCCCUGGCCUCGAGGGCUACUCCGAUUCAUCCGGCCCGUCUCCAACUCAGGCCAAAGAUCACAAGCGAGUAGAGGAGCGAUACAGCGACCCUUGGGAGAGGCCGCGAAACACAGAAGACCGAGACCACCACGCGAGGCACAGCCAUCACAGGGACUCCCAUCACGGGAAGAAGAGCCGGCACCACGACAGGGAGCGGGAGAAAAAGCACGACCGCAGCCAUGACGACAAGUACAGAGAGAGGAGCAGGCACCAUGGACACUCGGAGGACCGCUACGGUGAGAAGAGGAAAGAGAGGCAGCACAGUGACGACCACAGCAGCCGGCACAAGGACAGACACCGACACAGACGGGACUCUGAUUAUGAGAACGGGCGGAGGAGUUCAAAAGACAGUUACUCAUAAACGCGUUAUUUUAAUUUUGAAAAGCCCUGACAGGGCUGUGAGACAGACUCAACAGGGUCACACUGUUUCAGCUUUACUCAGCUGAUAGUGGAGUUGUUUUGUUUUUACACAUCAGUCUGCAGCUUGAAUGCCAUUUCCCUUACAAAGGUUCCAUUCUACGUUAAUUGACAGUACAGCCAAAAUGAAUUAUCAUUUCAAAAGGAUCGUAGAGAUCCUCAAAGAUUCGUUCUUUUCAGACCAAGAAGAACUCGGCAUUGGAACAGGUUCAAGUUUUUAACCUUUUAUUGUGUAAAACUUCUUCACAUUGGGCUGCUGUACCGACGACAAAGAGGAUCCGGACGUGUUUCCAAUGUGGUGUGGACCAUUUGCUGAGAAGUUGAAGUUGCACUCAAACGUUUGGAAUGAAUGUAACACAGAAGACAUUUAACUGAGGACAGAGAUCCAAACAGCAGCUUUGCUUUUUCUCAACGUCAUUUCUUUUCAAAUUGCUUAAAUAUUUUAUAAACUUACUUUCUAUUGAAAAAAGUAUGUACAUUUUGGCUUGUAAUAUAAAGUAGAGAUUAUGUGUGCCUUUGCACUGUGUGUUUAUGUACAGUUCGUAAUAAAGCUAAUCCUUUUUUAUUA